AUGUCCUUCAUCUAUCCCGUCCACUCCUCGCCCCGAGUAGCAAGGAAGUUUCUCGCCUUCCUGGACGAGAGAGAUACUGAGGACAACAAGCGCAAGCGGGCAGAAGACGACGACGACGAUGACGCCGACGGAACACCUGCCAAGAAGUGCAAGCUGAUGGAGGACCUCGUCGCCGACCAACACGAGGCCUCCAUUGGCCCCAUCACUUCCACUGGCGAGGUGCCUUCCGUUCGGCCGGUGGUGGCGGCUCGUCGUCGGAGCCCAGUCGUCCGUAGAGUGGGCAGAUAUCUGCUCGAGAAGGUGAAGGUAAUCCGCCGCAAGCUGAGGGUGAACAUCCCGGCCGGCCAACACAGGCUGCGGAUGCCUGGAUCUUUCCUGGACGACACGGAGAUCCUGAGAGAUCUCCUCCUUCGCGAGGAGAUCUUCUCUGCCCAAAUCGCCGCGGCGGUACAGCCGACGACGCCUCAGCAGAGGCCCCUCAAGAGACAAGUGUCCGAAAUGGACACACCAGCAGCGAAGAGGAUGAAAACAGAUCGGCCCCGGCAGCAGAUGCCGGGUGCCUUUCUGAGCGACGAGGAGUACGUUCGGAGCGGGAUUGGGGGCAACUCGACCCCAGUGUGCCACCCCCCAAUCAACCCAUCGCCUUUGACGGUGACGAGGACGCCCGCUCGCCCACAGGUGUCCAUUCCGCAGCUGGUCCAACCGAUGCGGCAGGCGCAGGAGAGGCGGGGCCGGCUGCGGAAGCAACGUAACGAAGAGUUAGAACAGGCGUAUAAGGACGAGAUAAACAACGCCAAAGACAUUCUGGCGAGGCGUCGUGAGCACCUCCAGAAUCCGCCAGGACCAAGACCAAGACCAGCACCAGCAACAGAACCAACUCCAGCUCCGGCUCAGGCUCCACCUCUAACUCCCGCUUCAGCAGUGGCCUCAAAGAUAUACAGUCUCCCUGUCGUAUUCCCAGAUCGCGUCAACCAGAUCAAGAGACAAGCAGGCAUUUCAGGUAGUGGAAAGUUCCGUAUGUUCUCGUAG